UAAAUUGAUGUGAAUUGAAUGAUGGUGACAGCUCUUCAAAUCCUAUUCAGUCUGAUUAGAUAUGUCACUGAAACAAUCCGUUCUGUCUCAGUUUUAUUUUCGGAUUCCGAGGAUGAGCCGGACGACGAAGCCUCCUCCUCAGAUAAAGAUGUCUCAGACGCUACUCUCCCGGCAAGAACAACUUAUUCUAUUGUGAUUUUUUUGGCGGGUUCGGUCAGGAGAGACAAAAGAGAGAUGCUUUCUAUCAGUCAAAAGGGGACUUUGUCUCCCGCCAUGCUCCCACGGCCCGCUUACCGAGGAAUAGAAAGGGAGGACCGGGGGGGUCCAGAGCAAGUAGGGUUGGGGUAUAGAGCCGUAAGCGCGGUGGGGUGUGAGAGAGGACGUGCUCGUACGGUUCAUAGAAGGCGCGUUUGUAUCCGCGAAGGCAAUCAUCGCUCGGAUGUUCCCCUAACCCAACCCGGGAACGGACCGGAGGGAACCGCAGCAUGGGUAAUGUCCGCGUCUCGUCGCAAGGCUCAUUUUGAGUUGUGGGUCAUAGGUCGGGCUUCGGGCGGGCAGCUUUAUCUGAUCAAGGGCCGGGGCACACGGGUCCUGCGGGACAGGGCCAAGCCUUUAGGUUGUUUAAGUAGGUUGGGUGACAGAUCGGCCAUAGGAGUACUCCGGGAUAUAAACCAGGGCAACAAAUGUCGAGCAUACAACGAUGCCGCCCGUUUUCAUUUCAUGGAAGUCCCCGGCAGAGGAAAGGGCUGUAGUUCCGCCCCCUUCUCUCAUGCUGAGUCACAGGCAGCGCCUCGGAAAGCACGGACGAGCCACAUGCAGGGAAACUUGCACGUGUGGUUCUGGCCGGGGACACCCCGGCCUGGCCGGAAAGUGUUCUUGCCUCUAUCAUUAGCUCGGGUAGCCCCUGUUUCUGGUCUUUUAGUCACCUUCCAAUGGCUCUUUUCCCAAUCACAUCCCUGGCAAAGGACCGUAGGCGCGCAGCGCUGCCUUCCUGGCUUGCUUGGGAUACCAACUAGAAUCCCUACCCAUCACCGCCAAUUGAUCAAAGUGCGGGAUGAUCGGGCAGAUCAGUUGGUCCGAUUGUAUCUUUCUUGGUUCUCAGUGUGUCGGAUUAUUAAAUUGGCGAAGCCUAUAAAGGCUAGCACAUUCCGUACCAUUGUGACUCCCAUUAAAGAUAUGGGUCGGGUUAAAGAGGUGUGUUCUGAACUUAAACAAAAUGUAGAAAAUUUGUUCAGACGCUAUCUCCCCUGGGUGAACUCAAUCCCCUUAGAAAAGGGAUUUCAGUUUGUCCCGUCCUGGAAGUCCACCCCUAAUGAUUUAAGUAACCUUGUUCAACAUAAGAUCCAACGGAGCCCUGAAGAGGAGGAAGCGCGCCGUGAAGCACGGAGGCAACUUCGUGAAGAGCGUAAGCUCAAAAAACUGCGUCCGCCGAAACCGAAUCUUCAGUUGCACAUGUGUUCUAAAAAGGUUACAGGUAGUGAUGAGCAGCCUGCUCCUAAAGAACGGAAGGAGACUUGUUUCUUCUCUGCGAUGUUCUUGGAAAUCGCGGCUUUUGCCCGCCAGCUGCGAAUCAUUCAUUCAGAACCGGAUGGUAUUUUCAGUCCAGGUAUUCUCUUUCAACCUGGGUAUACUUUGUACCCGUUUGAUACGCAAUUUAGUACCUGGGCAGCUAAUGAAGGGUUGAGGUUUUAUGAGGCUUGGCCUGGCUUGGUGUUUGAUUCCCUCGCCAUGGGCUUCGACCGUUCUUCUCAACCUCUUUAUUCCGGACGUUUGGCUCAGUCCUUAGAGGGUGGCCGGAAAGCGGCGUUUGUUUGUAAUCGGCGUAUUCCACAAGACGGUACCUUCCAUCAAGAAGGUCCUAUCCAUCGUCUGGCAAAGAGACGCCCAAGAUUUAUAGCAAGUUUUGACUUGAGCGCUGCCACCGAUCGGUGGCCCGUUCCAGUCAUAUAUGAGCUUAUGGCGUGCCUUUUCGGUCAAACGAUGGCAUCGUGCAUUGUCAAUGGUGCCUUAGCACUCAACUCAUGCUCUUUGAAGUCCGUUACUGGACGGCAUGACGAAGUUGUGUUUGUUGCAGGUCAACCUUUGGGUUAUUACGGCUCCUGGGCUCUAUUCGCGUUGUCCCACCAUGCUAUUGUGUGGUUGGCAGCAUUACGAGCAUAUCCUCAUCAGACGAGACCAUUUCUCGACUACGCUUUGUUAGGUGAUGACAUCGUCAUUGCCGAUCGUAGUGUGGCUAAGGAGUACCGUUCUCUACUUGAUGCUUUGCAAGUAGAUAUAUCUGAUGCCAAGUCUAUUGUAUCUGAGACGGGUUGUCUUGAGUUCGCCAAGCGGUUCUGGGUUAAGAUAAUGUCGAAGGACUUAUCCCCCCCAGUAUCUGCGAAAGCUGUGCUUGAGAGCUACUUCCUCGUUGGUACUCAGCAGUUGGCCUAUAAGUACAAGUUAAGUCCUAAGACUUGUUUAAGUCGGAUUCAGGCGUUAUCUAGUAAGCUUUUAGUCGGUCCUGAUCGGUUACCACUCGAGUGGUGGAUUGGAAGAGGAUUACCUCUCAGUCCCUAUCUUCGUGGUGUGUUAAUUGCAAGGAUUCGGGAUGGGAUGAAGCUUAAGCAGCUCACGCCCCCUCCCUUGGAGAUGUUCCUUUGUGGAGAGCCAGAAGCAAUAUCGCAGAAAACACCGCUUAUAGACAUUCGCUACGCGCCUCCACAUCCAGUGAAGAGAUCCCGGACAGGGAAGUCAGAAGGGCAGUUACUCUUCGGACCUAGCGGCCCUGCUUUAGCUGCACUUGGUGGUUCCCCGCUCGGGAUUUUAUACUGGAUUUUUCUUUUAGGGUUAGUGCAAGGUUGGCUUGUGCGAAGUCGACAGGGGUGGUUGAGAAACACGUUUUAUUGGGAUGGGGCAGCAGGCAAUGGAUACCGUUCCCCCACCAGAGCCUGCAGUUGUCCAGGCACUCAGUGCAGUCCAGACGCUCAGGAGAAGACGGAGGUUAGGAAUGCUGAUUGGAACCAAUACGAUUGCCCAGAGGAGCUUUAUAGGUAUCCAGAGUCCCGCACAAGGAGCAUCCAGCCUUUCAUACGAGAAAUGGCGGUGACCGUUUGCCCUAAACAAAUAUCUCAAGAUGUAACACAUAUGCCUUCUCGUAGAGCACUCCCAGAAGCUACCCUGAAGCCUGAUCGUGCUUGGAAAAGGCAUUUCAUUGACCGAACCCGACCCAUCCCACCGAGAGUGCGAACUGCUCUUUAUUCGCUUCAUAGCUGGGCUUUGCAUAGGAACCUCUGAUUGAGCCCGCGGAGUCGCCUUACUGCUUGAGUGAGUAAGCCAUUCAAGAUUGUUGAGCUUGGCUCACUUCAGCUUCAGAGCUCUGGCUAUUGCUUGCUUAGAGGAGGAAGCAGGCGUGUGGUGCUUCCCGCAAUGAAGUGUCUUCCCUUAG